GAGGUGCUCAGCAUUCCGCGCGACGCCACCAAGGUCGAGGUCAAGAAGGCCUACCACAAAGCCGCGCUAGCCCACCACCCCGACAAGGUCGCCGCCGACGACCGCGAGCACGCCGAGAUCCGCUUCAAGGAAGCCAAGCAGGCCUACGAGAUCCUCUCCGACGACGACAAGCGCCACCUCUACGACACCCAUGGCAUGUCCGCCUUCGACCCCGCGCGCGGCGGCGGCAUGGGCGGCGGCCCCGACAUGGACGACAUCUUCGCCCAGAUGUUUGGCGGCAUGGGCGGCAUGGGCGGCAUGCCGGGAAUGGGCGGCAUGCCCGGCGCGCCCAGGGGCGUCCCGCGCAAAGGCCGUUCGGUCGAGCAGGAGUACGAAGUCUCGCUGGAGGAGCUGUACAAGGGCAAGACGACCAAGUUCUCAAACACAAAGAACAUUGUCUGCUCCAACUGCAAGGGCUCCGGCGGCAAGGCGGGCGCAAAGUCGAAUCCGUGCGGCAUGUGUCGUGGACAGGGAGCCAAGACCGUCCUCCGCCAGGUCGGCCCCGGCCUCGUCACCCAGGAAACCGUCCCCUGCGGCUCCUGCGCCGGCUCAGGCCAAGUCAUCCCCGAGAAGCAGCGCUGCAAAAAGUGCAAAGGCAACAAGGUCGUCGAGUCCAAGAACGUCCUCGAGCUCUACAUCCCCCGCGGCGCCCGCCAAGGUGACCGCAUCACACUAGCCGGCGAAGCCGACCAGCUCCCAGACCAAGAACCCGGGGACAUCGUCUUCACCCUCGACGAGGCACCACACGAUGUGUUUGAGCGCGCGGGCGCUGACUUGCGAGCAGAGCUGAAAAUCAGCCUCGUAGAAGCCUUGACGGGAUUCAACCGCGUCGUCCUCACUCACCUCGACGGAAGGGGUAUUCAGGUCCAUGUCGAGCAGCCGAACGGAAAGGUGCUGCGACCUGGUCAGGUGCUCAAGGUACCCGGCGAGGGUAUGCCCAUGAAGAAGAGCGAUGCAAAGGGUGAUUUGUUCCUCGUCGUCGACAUUGACUUCCCCGAGGACGGAUGGUUGAACAAUGACGACGCGCUGAGAAAGGUUCAGGACGCACUGCCCAAGCACAAGAGCGACGAGAAAGAAUACGAGGAAAUUGAAGAGGCCGAGAUCGAAUGGGAUGCGGACAUGGAGGACUUUGGCGCUGGGUCCGGAGAUCCGAGGGCGGGUGGUGGCGAAUGGGAAGACGAUGAGGAGGAGGAGGGCGGUCCGCAGUGUGCCACGCAGUAG